ACAAAGCAGCUAGCCACUUCCUGUGCAGACUGUUAGCCAAUUCACGCCCCGACGGCCGCAGCGACUGCGACUACCGUGUCAUCCAAGAUGCUGGCGCUCAUAAACAGGCUUUUGGACUGGUUCAGGUCCCUCUUCUGGAAAGAGGAGAUGGAGCUUACGUUGGUGGGACUUCAGUACUCCGGGAAAACCACAUUCGUCAACGUGAUUGCAUCGGGUCAGUUUAGUGAAGACAUGAUUCCCACAGUUGGUUUCAACAUGCGGAAGGUAACCAAAGGCAAUGUGACAAUAAAGAUAUGGGACAUAGGUGGACAACCCCGUUUCAGAAGCAUGUGGGAGCGUUACUGUAGAGGAGUCAAUGCUAUUGUUUACAUGGUGGAUGCGGCAGACAGAGAGAAGGUUGAAGCCUCCAGAAAUGAACUGCACAACCUUUUAGAAAAACCUCAACUACAGGGGAUACCUGUUCUAGUACUGGGCAACAAACGAGAUCUACCCAACGCACUCGAUGAGAAGCAGCUUAUUGAAAAAAUGAACCUAUCAGCCAUUCAGGAUCGAGAGAUCUGCUGCUACUCUGUCUCCUGCAAAGAGAAGGACAACAUAGACAUCACACUGCAGUGGCUCAUCCAGCAUUCGAAGUCACGGAGAAGCUGAGAGUGAAGCCCUCCCCAGUCGCAGCUCUGGCCUCAGCCCCCUAACGGUCACGGGUCCUCGACAGUCAUCCCUUCCACUGCCUCUGUGAAGUAAUCCAGCUGUCUCUCUCUCUGCUCACUACUGUCACCAUGUGCACCACCCAGUACACUACCAUAGAUGUGUAGACCCUGUACAGCACUACCGCCACCCCAGCUACUGUAUGUGGAGUACUGUGCUAGAAGGUGGAUCGUCCAUACCCAUCAUGCCUUAUCGCCUGCCACUACAGACAUGCUUAGUUUAUGUGUACAUCAUGGACUUUUCUUCUUCUUUUUUUUUAAUGGCUUCUAAUGAUGUUGGCUCAGAUAUACUAGGAUGGAGCUCCUCUAUUCCCACAAUCAAAAGUCUGUUCUGUUGCCUGGCCUUUACAUGACACCAUGCGAUUGUACCUUGUCUAUUUCCAAAACGAAUGACAGUUGCUUGCGCUUAUGCCUUCGACUCCUGAUAAACUCUUUGCUAUGUAGCCUGCGUUUCAUUUGCUGGUGUAUGGUACUAGCUACUUUAUAAAGUGACCUAAGUGAAUGUUUAUUCAGAUGAGUAGAAGCUGAGUGGUGCGACUUGAAGCAGAUAGUCUUGCAGAGAUUUAAGUGCCUUUUGGCUAAGUGAGUUGUCCAAUCAGUCAUUGCCCAUUGACUUCUAACCCAUUGUUCUAAACAACACUCAGCAUGAAUCUCUUAAUCAGACCCAGCUCCACCUGCUGACAAUCUCGUGCGUUUUGUAAUCAUAUAAACACAUUAUGAAUUAUGCUUGAAAGGAAAACAAAUCGAAGCAAUGAAGUAACGAAUCACAGGGAUUCAAGUGGAAGGAGAAAUUGUUACAUGUGCUUUGGUUGGUGGGUGAUGUGAGUCACAAAUGUCUGUUUCAUAAUCCUCUGUCUGUUUUGAGUGAAAUGACAGAGAAGCAGUGUUAGUAAUGUUUAACAGGGAGCGAAAGGCAGCCAGACGCUUGAUGUCACGCCUGCCUCCCGAACCCCUGUCUGCAUCUGGAUGUCUUUUGGUAGAAGCCUUAGCAGUCCAAGAACGGUGCUGACACAUCCUUUCCUUUCAGCAGCAAGACUGUUUCCCCACAGUUCCACACCUUUAUAUUAAUCUGCUUGGCCUACGCACCUUCAUCUAUUCAUGUUUUAUGUCUAUUAACCCUCACGUUCAGGAUGAGCUUUGCCCUUGGCUGCGAACACUGUUUGUCACUUCAGCGAUUUUACUGCAAUGUUCUCUACAAGUCUCACACACACUGUUCUCUCACACGUUGUUCUGUGUCUGUCAGUGAUCGUUGUUAUCCUAUUUGCUGAUUGUUGGGACCACAGCAGGAGUGAGGGGCUGUAUACUUUGGGUGACUGUGUGGGUAGUCUGGAAAAAGCUUUGUUUCCUGUGUAAUAAUAUAGCCUAUAUUUGCAAUUUGUAUGUGCAUGUGCUGAACUUAUUCACAUCCAAUUGCAGACUUUGUAAAUAAGAAAUUAGCAUUUUUAUUCCAACAAAUGCUCCUGUAGAUGUCAUGCAUUCUUCUCCCCUGUGAUUCCUAAUAAACUUGUUUUUAUUUUUAAGGAUUUAAAA